AUGUCAACAGUGCGUUCCAAUCCAGUUUCUGUCGAAAAACACGUUUUGUUUCGAGUGGGCUCUCAGUUUUGGAACAUUCGUGUUAAUUUCAAAAGGUUUGCCGGUCUCGUCGACAUCGGUUCGCACAUGUCAUUGAUUCAACUGCGUAAUGGAAACUUUCUUAUUAUUAAUCCUAUUAUUUUAACUGAUCAUUCACGCUAUGAAGUGGAUUGUCUGACAGAGAAUGGUACGACGAUCGAAGCAGUUAUUGGUGUACAUCCUUUUCACACACUAGCAUUUCCGGCGUUCUAUGAAAUCUAUCCAAAUGCAGAAUAUUACGGCACACCUAGGCAUUUAAAAAGAUUAAAGCAAAUACCAUGGACUGGUUCACUCGAUGUCUGUCAGAUAAGGCGAAAAUGGGAACCAGAAGUGGAAAUGCGAAUACCAGCAGGGGCAGAAUUCGUCAAUCCCUUACCUGAAUCGAGUAACCAUUUUGUAAGUGUGUUCGUAUUCCAUCGUCCAUCACGUACAUUACAUGUUGAUGAUACGAUUGUUUACGGUGAUCAUCCAAGUUUCCUCUUGAAAUUAAUCGGUUUUAAACAUGGUACAAUGGCAUUUCAUCCAUCAAUCAAAGGAUCGGGACUUUAUCCAACGGUUGAAGCACCGUCGCAAUUCCGUUUGUGGAUGGAGAACAUUUUGAACGAUUGGAAUUUCGAUAAUAUUUGUUGUGCACAUAGUGGUGUCAAGAUUGGUGGAGCUCACGAACUAGUUUCGCAAUUAGUGAAGGCAGCUGAAUCUUUAUUUACUAAAUUAAGUGAAAAAAACGGGAAGAAAACGGCGACUGAUGAUGUGUCAAGUGACAAUCAGGCAAAUCUAAAUGUGACCGACAAUGAAUGCGGUUGA